AUGCCAUACCUUAAAACUUUGUCUAAAUUGGAAAACAUUGACAUGAAUACAUGGAAUUUAAUUUGCAUACAGCUUCUAGAAGCUGUAAGUUUUAUGCAUGAUCUUAAUAUUGAUCAUCUUGACCUUAAAGCAGAUAAUACUGUUUUUGAUCCUCAGACAAAACAAAUUUUUAUAAUUGGCUUUGGUCAUGCUAAGAAGUGA